CUCUCUACUCACCUAAAAAUCGCUGUCUUUCAGUCUGUGCACCCAUCUCACCCAUCCCCUUUCUCUUUCUGAAAGCCCUGUCAGCCAUGAGAGUGAGAGCCAGCACCACCAUAAUCCAAAGCUCCCUCCCUUAUAAAAUUUGUCCCAAAAAGCUCACAGUGCCAAUUGGGAUUUUUAGUACAUGAUGCCUCCAUAUUUCUAUGCUAUGCUUUUCAUUCCUGCAUGAAAAAAAAUCAUAAUAUUAUAAUUAUUCAUAGCUCACAUCACAUAUGAUGGCCUUCCCUCCUUGUCACACUUUCAUGUUUCAAAACCAUGAAGAUCCAGACCUCCACCUUGCUAAUUCCUCUUGCCCCCCUCAACACUUCCAUGGUGGUGGGAUGCCUUUUAUGAUGAAGAGAUCACUAUCGUUUUCAGGUGUUGAGAACAAUAAAUGCCACCAUCACGACCAAGAAGCGGCGCUGCAUGGAGGAGGAGAGGAUGAUUUGUCGGACGACGGAUCCCAGAUGGGAGAAAAGAAGAAGAGGCUGAAUCUUGAGCAGGUCAAGACUCUGGAGAAGAGCUUCGAAAUCGGGAACAAGCUAGAACCGGAGAGAAAAAUGCAGCUGGCUAAGGCGCUUGGUUUGCAACCGAGACAGGUUGCUAUAUGGUUUCAGAACAGGAGGGCGAGGUGGAAGACAAAGCAGUUGGAGAAAGACUAUGAUGUUUUGAAGAAAAAAUUUGAUGCUCUUAAGGCUGACAAUGAUGCUCUUCAGGCUCACAAUAAGAAGCUUCAAGCUGAGUUAUUGGCUCUAAAAAGCAAAGAUUCAUCAAAUGAAGGGGGGUUUAAUUUCAAGGAAACUGACCAGGGUUCUUGGAGCAAUGGAAGUGAGAACAGUUCAGGCCACCACCACCAUCUCAACCUAGAAAUUUCAAGAACACCGACAACCACCAGCAGCCCGCCUUCUGAUUCUCCGCAUGAGAUGAGGAACCUCUUCCCACCGUCCUCCUCCUCCCUCAGGUCUGCAAGCAUAACCCAACCCCUCCAAGGAUCAUCACGGUCAGAUCUUCAGUGCCUCAAAGUUGAUCAGAUGAUUCAGGAUGAAGGCUUGUGCAGCAUGUUCAAUGGGAUUGAUCAGGAGCAUCAAGGGUUUUGGCCAUGGCCUGAGCAGCACCAUUUUCAUUAAUAAAUUGAUCAUCCAAUUAUUUCCAAACCCUGAAGAUUAAUUACAUUAUUCUGAAGCAAGUUUGGCAAAGGCUCUGUGAUCAGACAAGUAAUUAAUUAAAAAUUAGGAAUUUUUUUUCCUAUGAGUUUCAAUUAAAUAUUCAAGUUUUUUUUUUUUUUUUGCUGUAGAUUUAUUGAUGUACAGAGAUCAAUAUUUUUGCUCCAUCAAUUUCAUCGGUUGGGCUGAAAAAUAAGUGUAGGAUUUGGCUCUGAAUAAUACACUUUAUAGUUUCUAUCCUA